AUUUGCAAAAUUUGUCUUCUUUUCUUCUUAGGGAUCUUGUCUGCAUGCCAGAUCUCUUGCUGCCUCUCCCCCGUCUGUCUCUGCUUUCUCUCGUAGAGAUCUCGCUACUUGUAAACUUUUCGAUUUCCUUCCGAUCCAAAAUCCCAUAUUGCCUGCUCCCUGAUGGGGUUUCGUUCAAACCCUAGGUUUCUCUUUGUAGCUGCUGCUGCUUUUCUUCUACUAUUCUCCUUCUCUUACAUCGCCGCUGCUGAGGCAGAUGGGGUGGAAAAUGAGGGAGAUGAAUCAAGAUCCUUUCAAGAUCUCGGCCGCCGUGGCAUGAUUGUUACAAGUGGUGGUGAUGCCAAAUCUGUUCUUAAAUUGGACUCUGGUCUUGGACUUUUUGAUGCAUUCUUUGCUAGCUUCUCAAUGAUUAUGGUCAGCGAGAUUGGAGAUGAGACUUUUAUAAUAGCAGCUCUUAUGGCUAUGCGACACCCUAAAUCUACUGUUUUGUCUGGUGCACUCACUGCAUUGAUUGUUAUGACAGUACUUUCUACUGGACUAGGUAGGAUUGUGCCAAAUUUGAUAUCAAGAAAGCAUACAAAUAGUGCAGCCACAAUUCUGUACGCAUUUUUUGGCCUUCGGUUGCUUUACAUUGCCUGGAGAUCAGAUUCAAAAUCAUCCCAGAAGAAAGAAAUGGAGGAGGUAGAAGAAAAACUUGAGUCUGGUCAAGGGAAAACAUCCUUCCGUCGUUUAUUUUCAAGAUUUUGUACACCAAUAUUUUUGGAGUCAUUUAUUUUAACCUUUCUAGCUGAGUGGGGAGACCGUAGCCAGAUUGCUACAAUUGCUUUGGCAACACACAAAAAUGCGCUCGGUGUAGCUGUGGGGGCUACUUUGGGACAUACUAUCUGCACUUCCCUGGCUGUAGUGGGUGGAAGCAUGCUAGCAUCUAAGAUCUCACAAGGGACAGUUGCUACGAUUGGAGGCUUACUUUUCCUUUGCUUUUCCUUGUCUUCUUAUUUCUAUCCUCCUCUGUAAGUGAUAAUGUAGGCAAACCUGAUAUACGUCUCUUUUUUUUUUUUUUUUGAAGUGUCGACGCUCUUUUUAUUUUUUCUCGAAACAAGCACUAUGCUAACUCUGGUCGACUCCAUACAGAUGUUAUUCUUUUGCACAAUUAGCAUAUAUGUCAAAUGUUUCUUCAAUUUUA